AUGGCCUCCGUCGAGCGAGAGAUCACUCCGCCGAUUGCACCACGGCCGAGAAGCACUCGAAGCAAUGUAUGUACGCAGUGUCGGCGAAUGAAGCAAAAGUGUGACCGUCAAACUCCCUGCUCAAACUGCGUCCGACGGCAAAUCCCCCAAUACUGUCAUCUCCCCCGAAAUCCAACCUCUCGGGUACAGACUGGCCGUAUAGCAAGAGCAACAACCCCAACAUCGCCAUCUAUUACAAACCUUGUAGAUGCUGAUUCCAGCCUGACAUGCACAUCACAACAAGACUCACCUCGAUCCCGCGCAAACGUCUACAAUGCAUCUCGCAUCGGACACCUCUGGAACUCUCGUGGGGCGCCGUCAUACCAUGGAAACUCAUACUUUGGCCACCAAUCCGCCGCGUCGAUGAUGCAAGUCGAAAGUCCAGAGCUACCCGUCGGCGUGAAUGGCAUCCAUGCAAGUAGUUCACGCAAGGCUCUCCACCGGGAUGAUAAGCGGCCGUACGACCAUAUCUGGGAACUGGUCGGGUAUCUACCGCGACGAAAGUCGGUAGUAGACCACUUGAUUCAAAAGUACUUUGACGAACUCAACGUUGUGCACGACUGUGUGCACGAGGAGUCAUUCCGAGUCAACUACGAUGCAUUUUGGAACCGGAAAUGGGGAGACGAUGACCUCACAGCGGUAGAUCUACGGUGGCUAGCUCUCCUGUUCAUGAUGCUUGCGUUUGCUGAGCUGCUCAACUGUCCCCUUGAUGCUGGCCCGGAAGCCCAAAAGGACUGUGAGGAAACAUCCGUGCAAUUCUUCUGGGCUGCUCGAAAGGCCAUCGUCCUGGCACCCACAUUCUCAGGUGAAAGCCCUGAUUUGGUUCGAGCCGGUAUCUUAGUGAGUCGGUAUUUGACGUAUUUCGGACGCAAGACGGAGAGUUGGCUCACGUCCAGUUUUGCGAUUCGCAUGGCGCAAGCGCAGGGCAUGCACAUCGAUGGCGAAAGCUGGGGUUUGCCGCCGAAAGUGCUCGAGACGAGGCGCCGGCUGUGGUGUAAGUUGUAUUGUCUUGAUCGUUCAAUCUCCUUGGCCGUGGGGAGACCGUACACUAUUCACGAUAAGCACUGCAUGGAGAUGAACAUUCGGAAUAUAUGGGUGGAUGACAUGACUGCCGAGGAAGCGGCCGUUGCAGAAGAACAGCCACUCAGUGAGCCAACCAAGAAUAUUUACUACUUGUAUCAGCAGCGUCUUUCGUCGAUAUUGGGCGAUAUACACGACGAGUGUUUUGGAUUAGCACCCAUGACUGCAUCGUACAACUCGUACGAGAAAGUCAUGAGGUUGGACCGCGUUCUUCUCAACUGGGCAGAGUCAUUGCCGUCAUACUUUCGUCUUGAGGACCCCGAUUCGACAAUGGAUGCAGACCGUCCGUACUUGUAUUGGCAACGAAUGUAUCUUCAUUCUGCGUAUCACUUUGCGCGCAUCACUCUCCACCGAACAUACGUCUUGCUCGAGUCAAUCACCGAUCGUUUCCAGUAUAGUCGAGACGUCUGUAUCAGCUCCGCAUGCGCUGACCUCCGUCUUAAACUUAACUUUCGCACCCUCAACAUGGCAGAUCGUGUCAAGGCCGGUGGAGCGAUGCACAAUCUCUUCAACAGCGCUUUAGUGCUGGGUAUCAUUGCUGUCAGAGAACCAUAUCUGCCGAAAACGAUGGCCAUAGUGGAAGAUCUCGCCGCGUAUUGUGAGAAGCAGCGUGCCGACGUGUGGGUCAAUGAGUUUGUGUUGGCCGAAGUGAAAGUCAUUGAGUUGUGUAUUGCAAGUGUGAGAAAGUCUCGAAGGGAGGGUAUCGCCGACAAGAGAGUUGGAGGAAAUCCCUCGCAAGAUCAAACACAAGUUGUGAACCCGGACACAAAUGUGAGGUUUCCGCAGGGUUGGACACCGGCAGAGACAGACACCCUUCCGUCAGAUAUGGCGGGCAUGGAACAAGAUGAGAAUUGGCUGGAUAAUUGGUUUGGUCCUACGAGGAACUUUCCAGAGCCGAUUGACUUUCAGUUCUGGGAGGACUUGGUUGGGAGCCUGGAGGCGAGACAAUAA